AUGCAGCCUCCGCCACCGGGGCCUGGCAGCGGCAUUCCGCCCGCACCGCUCCCGUGCCCUGUUCGCCCUGGACCAGCUCCGCCCGGACCACCGGGACCACCAGGACCGCCAGGACCUCCUCGCGCUUCAACCCUGGGAGCAUCAGCUCCAGCAAGCCCUCCGCCGGGAGCACCGGCCCUGCACCGGGGCAUUUCAGCCGUAAGCCCUGACACCUUGCGUGCAGAGGGAGAGGUCCUCCAGCAGCGGAUCAAUGAGGUCCUAGCUGCACGAAGCCGCGGCGGCAGAUCGGACUUGGAAGAAAGAGUGCGGAAUGAGCAGCUCCAGAAGAAGGAGGAGCUGGUCGCUAGUUUGCAGCAACAACUGCAGGCUGAAACAGACAGGCAAGAGCAGGAGACGCUUGGAUAUCGAGCCCAGAUUCAAGACUACGAAUCGCAGAGAGCGGCACUCAAGCUUCAGAUCCAGCAGGCCAAAGCUAACUUCGAGACUUCCGACGCGGGGAAGCUGCAAGAGGAGGUCAUCCGUGCAGAGGAGAGGUCCCGGCAGCUGGAGGCGCAGCUGCGGCGCCUGGAGGCCAACUCUUUCCUCUCCAAGGUCGACGACAGACGGGAGGCCAACAUGCGCAUCUCUGCACUUGAAGAUAUGCUCCGAGUGAGAGUGGCGGAGCAUCAGACACUUGUAGAUGAGAAUGUGGUUCUUGAGCAGGGCCGUGUCGCUGGCAUCCAAGCAAAGCAGCGGCUUCAGUCGAAGUGUUUGGAUUUGAAGCAGCGAAAUGAGCAACUGCAGGUCGAGAUCGAGUCACGGACUGCAGAGAUGCAGAAAGUGGAACGCGAGAUGCAGCUGAUGCGUGAGCGGCUGCCGCCCGGCAAUCAGGAGGCUUUGGAGGCGGCACUGUCGCAAAUGGUCGGGGGAGGUGCCGCUUUUGCGAGGCUCGAGCGUUUUGCUGACGCGGUGCCCUCAAAGACCGAUCUGAUUGCAGCGGAGUCCAUGGAGUCUGUGGUGGAGAGAUUGGGCCGAGAGCGGGAGGAUCUCCGGAGGCAUAUCUUUUUGCUGCGCGAGGAGCUCGAGCGGGAGGCUGCUAUCUCGCAGAAUUUGAAAAACCUGCAGGCACAAGAGCUCGAGGAGGCCCGGAGCAAGUCGAAGACCUUGCUUCGGGAUCAGGAGAAGUUGGCAAGGAUUGCAGCAGCGCACCUGCAAAGCAUUCGGGAUCUGCAGCGCCGUAUCGCCGGCUUUGAGGACAUUGCCCUUCCCGGCCAAAGGCCGGAUGAUGCUCUGAGUGUGUCGGGCUUCUCGGAUGUAUCAGACUUGGAGGACUGUGACAAUGCUCUGGAUGUCUUUGUGGGCAUCGGUGCCAUGGACGUCUCAGCGGCUCAGCGAUUACAGGAAACCCUGCAGACUGCCGCCACUGGAGCGCCGCCACCACCAUCGGGGAUGCCGACCGCGGAGGAGCUCCGAACCCUUGUCAGUGUCGAGUUCCUGGGCUUCGACAUUGGCUUCUCAGCGGUAGCUGCAGGCUUGCAGCCUGUUUACGAUUCUUUGGUGACUUUCGGUCCCUUCAACGUCACGGAUGAUGUUCUGGAGCACCUUUCCACGACAAAGCUUGGGGUUGAGAUCCAUGGGUCCUUGCCAGGCACAAGCCAGCAACUCGUGCUUGGGCGCGGUGAAUUACCAAUGUCUGGGCUUCUCCAGUAUGGCAUGCAAGCAACUCGAAAUCCUGUUGCAGGCGGUGUCGUUGCCCUGCAAGAUGUUUCCGAUCCGGACAUCGUUGUGGCACAGCUGCGCGUUAAGAUGCGAAUGCGCUACUCCAUGGAAGAACUGGCCGAAGACUUCAAGACGAAAGCCAAAAUUCGACAAAUGGACCGGGGCAGGGGAAGAAUUGGCAAAAAGUAA